CGCGAAGCUCUGAUAGAGAAAUCGGAAUUUAAAAAUAGAGCAGUUGCUGACUUUGCAUAACAAGACGGUAAACAUUUCGUAUUUUUUUAAGUGCGCUCAAUUCUGAAUUUUAAAUUUCUUAUGUGUAUCAGUUGCGGUCAAAAACUUGAUUCUUGCUAUGUCUAGUUACCGAUCAUCUGAAGUAUUAGGAUAUGAAAAUCCUAGUGCCUGUUCGCGGUUUUUGCAUUAUUCGUACAAAACUGUGACAUGCCUUUUUUCCCACAUAACUUUGGUGUCUAUGGUUGUAUCCUACUGUGUUUUGGGAGCUUUUACGUUUGAGGCCUUGGAAGUUGAUAAUGAAAAGCUGAUAAAACGUGGUAUUCAUCGAAUCCGAGAAAACGUAUCCGAAUAUAUUUGGAACUUUACCCAAAAUAUGAAUGCUUUGGAACAAGAUAACUUCACGAAGGGUGUCCAAAAAUACUUGAAAUCAUUCGAGAAUUCUUUAUUGGAUGCCAUGAACAAGGAUGGGUGGGAUGGGAUAGAAGACGAAAACAAGGUUCAGUGGACGCUUACAGGAUCUUUGUUCUAUUCUAUCAUUGUAAUUACAACAAUAGGUAAGUUUGCGCCCCACCAAGAUUGUAUUCUGUUCUUUCCCCCUAUUACUGUGAAUUGAAUCCGAUUGAGAUGAUUUGGGCUGCUGUGAAAAACUGUGAAAUUAUAAUCAAUCUCCAACAGAUAGUGAUUCCGUACUAGGAAAUAUACAAAGGUUUAUUAAUGAAAUGGACCACAGUGGUGAAUGGAUGAAAUGUGUUCAGCGUGUCAUA